AAUAUCCAAUAAUGGCUGCAAGAGGGAGAUACCGACGAAUCUCGGACGUUGACCGAAAUCGCCUCAUCGAUGCCUUUGAGGCUGACGACGCUGACUAUCUGCAGGUAGCAGAUACGCUGGGCAUCAAGCACUCAACGGCCAGAUCAAUCGUUGGCGUAUAUCUUCGGGAUGGUCGUCGUAACAAGCUGCCGAAAGGAGGACCCAUAAACCAAAAGGUUGACGACGACAUGAGAGAUGCCCUUCAAGGAUAUCUAGAUGACAACCCCCUUCUAACUUUGCGUGAACUCAAUACUCAACUGCGAGCUGAUCUUCCCGAUAAGCCCUUCGUUACCACUAGUACCAUCGCUAGAACUCUAGAUGGUAUGCUUUUAACUCUUAAAUUAGCGGAAGAUGUUCCAGAACAGCCUAUGAGCCACGCAUAUUAGAUGCACGAGUCAUAU